AUGUCAACAAGCAGCAGGAGCAGCCGGAAGUAUCACGGAUCUAUUAUAACAGCAGAGCCCCCGGAGCCUGCUGAAUGUGGAGUGUCCGUGCCUGGUUUGGGGUCGGCUUCCUGGUGUCCUCUCGGCAGACCUCUCUCCACCAUGACUCAGAACAUCAAGUAUCUCGGUCAGGCCGAGGCUCAGCAGAUCGACCAGGACCUUUUCUCUGAGUUUGGGUUCAGUGUGGAUCAGCUGAUGGAGCUGGCAGGACUGAGCUGUGCCACUGCUGUGUCCAGAGUCUACCCUCUGUCGUCUCUGCUGAAGUCCAGGCCGUCUCUGCUGGUCGUCUGUGGACCAGGAAACAACGGAGGAGACGGACUGGUCUGUGCCCGACACCUCAAACUGUUCGGCUACGAACCCACUCUGCUCUAUCCAAAGAGACCGAGCCACGCUCUGUUCCAGGCCCUGACCACACAGUGUGAGAAGAUGGACAUCCCCUUCCUCACUGAGAUGCCUGAGGCGGCGGUGAUCGACGAGGCCUACAACUUUGUGGUCGAUGCUAUUUUUGGGUUCAGUUUCAAAGGCGCAGUACGGGAGCCUUUUGGGACAAUCUUAGACACGCUGCAGAAGACCACCGUCCCCAUCGCCAGCAUCGACAUCCCCUCAGGCUGGGACGUGGAGCAGGGGAGCUCAGACGGACUGCAGCCGGACUUACUGAUCUCUCUCACGGCCCCAAAGAAGUCCGCUCUUCUCUUCAGAGGGAGGUACCACUAUCUGGGGGGUCGCUUUGUCCCCCCACAGCUGGAGAGGAAGUACAACCUGAAUCUGCCCCAGUAUCCAGGCACGGACUGUGUGCUGCAGCUGUAG